UCCAGUGGCAGUCUGUUUGCCGCACUAAACUCCAACUUUACCAACAUCUCAUCGCCAAGAACUGAGAAACUGUGAAGCAAACGCCAAAAGGCAAUGGCAAUCUGGCCAAUCCUAAUGGUGGCGAUGGUGGUGGCGGCGGCGGCAGUCUCUGACGCCGCCGACACGAACGGCGUACACCAGCCCUGCGCAGACACCAAGAUCCAGAGAUCCGACGGCUUCACCUUCGGCAUAGCAUUCUCGUCAAAAAACAACUUUUACAACGACCAGUCCCAUCAGCUCUCACCCUGUGACCGCCGCCUCUCGCUCUCCUCUCUCGGCUCCCAGCUUGCACUCUUCAGGCCCAGAGUUGACGAGAUCUCCCUCCUCUCUAUCAACACCUCCACCUUCUUCCCGGAUUUGAAUGGUGGAUAUAUGGUGGCUUUUGCUGGAAGGAAGUAUGCUGCAAGGUCUCUCCCUGCUUUUGUUGCAAACAGCACCUACACUGUAACCAGUUUCACUCUGGUCCUCGAGUUUCAAAAGGGUAGGCUGCAGAAUUUGUAUUGGAAGAGAGAUGGGUGUGCUUCAUGCUCACGUAAAUCUAAUUUUGUUUGCCUCAACAAACAAGAUUGUGCCAUCAGAACAUCUAGCUGUAAAAACCGAGGGGGUUCUGUGGAUUGCAGUCUCGGAAUACAGCUAGCAUUUUCUGGAACGGAUAAACAUCUUAUGGCUCUCAAUUCAUGGUAUGAAGUGGAAAACCUUCGGCAGUAUUCACUCUAUGGCUUAUAUUCAAACCUCAAAAAUUCUCUAACUAGCCAGUAUAAUGACUUCUUUUAGAUGCUUAUCUCAAACAUUCCAAAGAUUGUGUUCAUUUGUGAUUAUGUUGUAAUUUGGUGACUGUUACGGCAUUUUCUUUUA